AUGUCGAUACCCAGCCUCCGUGGCGCUUUCUUUGCCCUUCGCAGCGUCUCGCACCCCAUGGUAGUCUCUGCUGUCAUGCGCAAUGGUGCUCGUCGCGCUAAUUCUUCCAUUGCGCUCGAGGGCCAGCAGCAGGUAUGGAACCGUUCUCAAGCUUGUGUGCCGAAUCAGGGCGUGAUACUGACGAGCUUAUCGCAGCUCCUCUCCGCUCCUCUCUCCAAGGCCGAUCCGGCCGUUUUCGACAUCAUUGAGAAGGAAAAGCACCGCCAGAAGCACUUCAUAAAUCUGAUUCCUUCCGAGAACUUCACUUCCCAGGCAGUUCUCGAUGCCCUGGGCAGUGUAAUGCAAAACAAGUACUCGGAGGGUUACCCCGGUGCCCGCUACUAUGGCGGAAACGAAUUCAUUGACCAAUCUGAACGACUUUGCCAACAGCGGGCUCUUGAGGCCUUCAGCCUGGAUGCAAGCGAUUGGGGCGUGAACGUCCAGCCGCUCUCCGGUGCUCCCGCUAAUCUCUAUGUGUAUUCGGCUCUUAUGGCUACUCACGACCGCCUAAUGGGUCUUGAUCUACCCCAUGGUGGCCACUUGUCCCAUGGCUAUCAGACGCCCACCAAGAAGAUCUCGUCUAUCUCCAAGUACUUUGAGACUGUUCCUUACCGCCUGGACGAGAAGACUGGGUACAUUGACUAUGAAAAGCUUGAGGAGCUUGCUCUUCUUUAUCGCCCUAAGAUCAUUGUUGCAGGUGCCAGCGCCUACAGCCGUCUGAUUGACUACAAGCGUAUUCGCGAAAUUUGCGACAAGGUCAACGCCUACAUGCUCGCGGAUAUGGCACAUAUUUCAGGUCUAGUCGCCGCCAACGUCCUCCCUGGUCCCUUCCAGCACGCCGAUAUUGUCACUACAACCAGCCACAAAAGCCUUCGCGGCCCUCGCGGUGCUCUUAUCUUCUUCCGCAAAGGCGUUAGACGCCAGAACCCAAAGACCAAGGUCGACGAGAUGUACAAUCUUGAGGGCCCUAUCAACAACUCCGUCUUCCCGGGCCACCAAGGUGGGCCCCACAACCAUACCAUCACUGCUCUGUCUGUUGCUCUGAAGCAGGCUCAGACUCCUGAUUUCCACGCCUAUCAGUCUCAGGUCCUCGCCAACGCGAAGGCCUUUGCUAAGCGCCUUGGUGAUGACAAAAGCAAGGGCGGUCUCGGCUAUAGCCUUGUCAGCGGUGGUACCGAUAACCACUUGGUGCUUGCUGAUCUAAAGCCCAAUGGUGUUGAUGGUGGGCGCGUUGAGCGUAUUCUCGAGCUUGUCGGCAUUGCUGCCAACAAGAACACCGUCCCUGGCGACCGCUCCGCCCUCGUUCCCGGUGGUCUCCGCAUGGGUACACCCGCAAUGACCAGCCGCGGCUUCACCGAGAACGACUUUAUUCGUGUUGCUGACAUUGUUGACCGUGCUGUCGCCAUCGCUGUCCGACUAGACAAGAUUGCCAGAUCUGCCGCCAAAGAGAGGGGUGAGAAGAGCGCCGGGAAACUCAAGAUUUUUCUCGAACACGUUGGCAACGGCGACAGCGACACCGAGAUUGUUCAACUCCGCAGUGAAGUCUCCGACUGGGUCGGCACCUAUCCCCUCCCCUGGGACUCUGCCCAGUAA